AUUACAGCUGAACUUACUGCGGAAAUCAAUCAAAAUGAAGAUAAGCUGAAUGCGCUAAAGACACAAAAUCAAGGAUCCUUUUCUACACUAACUCCUAAACUGUCAGAAACAACUACUGAACCCCGUGAUUGUGCAUGUGAGAGGAAAAGGCAGAGGAGUUUAAUCUAUUUUGCUUGUCCUUACAUCUAUACAUUUGCUGAUGCAGUGGCAUACUGUAAAAGUAAGGGUCAUAAGAUAGCCACUCCAUUUCAAUUAGAUGUAGCCAAUGCUUUAGAGUUGGAGGAUAGUGCAUGGGGAUGGCUUGAAGAUGGAAGCAUAAGAUACCCAAUGCAGAUGCCAUAUACAAAUAGAUGGUGUGGUCAUGGAGGAGUAAACACUGAUCUGAAUCAUAAUCCAUCAGACAAGUUUGGAGUCUAUUGUGUUACAAAUGGAGGUCUAGAUUAAAACUUUGAAAAUGUUGAUGAAAUUUGUCAGAAUAAAUUCAUAUGAACUUCAAAGUUAUUUUGUUUCUGUUAAAUUCUAAGAAGUAUGAUUAUAUAGCUGGUUUAUAUUCUCAACUAAUUAUCAUGGCCGAAGUUGUAAAGCCAAAAUAUCCUGUCCAACACCACCAACAGUCAUAUCGCAAUAAGGACUAUGAUAGCGCAAUGUCAUUCAAGACAAGAAAACAGUAAUCCACGGAGUAGC